GACACCGCAGGCGAUAAGUCCUCGUCCUAGGAUGUACGGCACGGCAAAGGAGCGCUCCCAAGCGGAGUACGUUGGUGUUACCGAAAACUCUGGCCAGGAUUAUGGCCUGCGCCAAACUUACGAGCAGCCACGACAGAUCACUGACUCUGCAGUAGAUCGUCCGAAACAAGAACCUAGAUCUCCUUCUUACGAGCCGGAUGCUGUCUCCAUGGAACGACCUAAACCACAGCUAAGAUCUCAGCUGACGUCUGAUUAUCUCUACGGGAGCAAUUCUACAGCAGAUCGUCCUUUUUAUGAAGCACAAGAGGCAUCGAAGCAGCAGCAACUUUUGAAUAGCUCCCAGCAACAGCAACAACUACGAACUCAGCAGAUUGCCGACAACCAACCUCCAAGUGGAGCCCUAGAUCGUCCUUUGUUCGAGGACCGAGCACGUCAACCUCUUAGGCAACCGCUACAACCCACCGCUUAUAAUGCACCACCGCCUACAGAACGCACCAAUCCACCAAAAACCACAACCAUAAAAACUCCCAAUCUCAAGCUCCAAACGAAGCCCAAUCCAGAGUAUGUACGACCGCCUCAGAACUUUGUCUUGCCACCGCAGAUGCGUCCACCGGGUGUGGGGCCGCCGCAGCCACAACCGCGUCCCCCAUUCGCUGGAGCUCGUCCCAUGGUGGGUAUGGGUCCGCGUCCGCCCAUGCCACCCAACAUGGCACCCAGGCCGGGUCAGAUGCCACCUCCUUUGCGGAGCACGGACAGCAAGAGCAACCUGCUGAUGGGUCCACCGAUGAGACCGGGAAUGCCACCACCGCAACUCAGUCAGCAAAAUCUGCAGCAGGCCCGCCUGCCUAAUUCCGGAGGUCCUCUCAGUCCACCCGGACAAGGUCCCCCUCGACCGCCCGGUGGCUUCAAUUGGAAUCCCCCGGCUGGAGCACCUGGCAUGCCGCCUGGAGCCAGACCGCCACAGAAUAUGACGCGACCGCCGCCGCCAACAUUUGCCCGCCCUCUGCCGGGUCAACCACUGCAGGCGCCAUUCCGACCACCCUUCAAUCAGCAACCGCCCAUGCCACAGCAGCAGCAACAGCCACCACAAAUGCAGCAGCAACACAUGCAACAGCAGCAACAGCCACCGCAACUACUACGCCCACUUUCAGCGGCGGGCUCCCACAGCAACAACAAUGACGACGACGAUGACGUGAUCAUGGGCCCGGCAGUGACUCCUCUCAAGUCAUUCAACAUGAAGGCCGAUCCCAUGGGCUCCCCGUUGCUGGAGGAGACGGAGCCACCAUUCGAGACGAGCCCCCCGGCCAUAGACUCCAGGAAGGGGCCGGGUUUCAAAGGCGACAAUGACAGCGGUGUGGAUGAAUCGACUCAGGAGAAGGAUCGCAACGGACCCAACUCGCCCAGCUCGCCGGUGAAAACUCCCACAUCGACCUCAUCGAAGCCGGACAAGUCGGGCACCUCGCGUCCUCCGAGUGCCACGCCCUCGAACAAAUCCGCUCCCAAGUCGCGCAGCGCCUCCAAGAAUCGCUUGCUCCUCAAGACACCAGAGCCCGAGCCAGUCAAGAAAGUUCCAAUGAACAAGGUACAAGUUGGACAUGCACCUUCGCCCAAUCUGAAGGCUGUACGCUCCAAAAUUGGAUCGUUGGAUAAUGCCACCUACAAGCCAGGUGGUGGCCAUGUGAAAAUCGAGUCCAAGAAGCUGGACAUUAAGGCAGCACCACGCAUCGAGGCCAAGAACGACAAGUAUGCGCCCAAGGGCGGUGAGAAGAAGAUAGUUACAACAAAGUUGCAGUGGAAUGCGAAGUCGAAAAUCGGUUCGCUGGAGAAUGCCGCCCACAAGCCAGGGGGCGGGGACAAGAAGAUCGAGACCCUGAAGAUGGACUUUAAGGACAAGGCCAAGUCGAAGGUCGGCUCCAAGGACAACGUGAAACAUCAACCCGGUGGCGGUGAUAUCAAGGAUAACAACCCCAAGGAUAUUCAAACGCAAAAACUAGAAAUUAAGGCACAAAGCAAAGUUGGCUCUUUGGAUAAUGUAAAGCACAAGCCCGGUGGCGGUGAAAAGAAGAUUUUCGAUGAUAAGGAUUAUUUGAAAAAUGUUGAACACUCUGUUGCACUGACAACACCACCAACACAGUUUGCGGCGCAAGGGCGCUUGAUUGCCACGAUCCAUCUAGAAUUCGGUCUCUGUAAACCAGACUGUAGUCCACUACCAUCCAUGACGGCUUCUGGCGCUGAUGAAAAUUUAAAUCAACAAAGCUAAAUGCCCGAAAUGCAUGUCGAGCUGAAAAUCUUUUCUUUGCUAAAAAUAUAGGAUUGAAAUGUGAAAUGAACAUUGAACAUUGAACCAGCUAAUUUGAAAUGUACUAUCUAAGCAAAAUCUACACAAAGCAAAAACCAAACGAAAGUUACGCAAUAAUUUCCACACCCCCCACAAAAAAUAUGAUAAAAAAUUAAAAAAAAAAACAACCAAUUCGAUAGAGGUGCAAGCACGCAAUGAGAUGCAGAUACAUCUAUUAUACACCACAUACGUAUUUGGUUUACGAAUCAAAAGUAUAUUUGACUAGUUGAGCAAUGCACUCUUUAUCAUACAGAUACCAGACAUAAUUAUAUAUCUCAAUGUAUUACAAGAACUUCAUAUAUACAUACAAAUAUAUAUAUACAUAAAAGUAUCUAAAUAUUUAAGCAAAUUAUACAAGAUUCGUACGAGUAAACUGUGUGCUUAGUUAAAAAUGUUGAACGACACCCAUUACACUUGACGUCUAAAUGUUGAACGAUUAGAUACUAACUACAUACAUAAAUGCGAUUAUUAAUUAAACGGUUUAGAUACUUUUGCGAAUCAGACCGACCAGAACCACAACCGAACAGACCAGAACAAACCAGAACAGUUGAUUGAAACUUAUAAGCAUAUUUUUACUAUUAAUUUGUAUCUUAUUAGUCAAGCGCAUCAUUCUCACGAUUUAUUUACACCCUGUUACAAAA